CACUGGGUUCUCUGUGUGGGAGGCGUUGCCUGACGUCAGUUGGCGGGGCCGGUUUGUUGGGCUCGCUUACUCGGCCGAGCUCGGGUUCGCGGAGCUGAGAGGCCGGGAUAGGAGCCGGAGACAAAGUUACCGCAACUCGAGGUGAGUUUUCACCCAGAGCCUUUGGAAGGGGAGCUCCCUCGGGGCUGGUUCGCUGGAGGAUCGGCCGCCUGGCGCUGGCGGAGGCUCUGGGACGGUUUUAAAUGAUGCACAGAAUCUAAAAGCAGUGCAGAUGAUUUGAUGAUUGGGACAAACUAUUUCUGAGACAAAGGCUGAAGGAAGCGAAGAGGAAGGAUGAGUCUGCUAAAACCUAGUGGGCUAAAAGCUCCUAGCAAGAUUGCCAAGCCAGGGAGCACUGCAGUGAAGCAAGCUGCUUCUUUACAAUCAUCAACAAAAACGUCACCUGCAGAGAAGUCAAGCGCGCCCACCACAGAGGCACAGGAAGAAUUUGUGGACGACUUUAGAAUUGGAGAGCGCAUCUGGGUAAAUGGUAGUAAACCUGGAUUCAUCCAGUUCCUUGGCGAGAGUCAGUUUGCUCCAGGCCAGUGGGCUGGAAUUGUUUUGGAUGAACCAAUUGGUAAAAAUGAUGGUUCAGUUGCUGGUGUUCGAUAUUUCCAGUGUGAACCAUUGCGUGGAAUAUUUACAAGACCUUCAAAACUGUCUCGAAGCCCACUGACAGAUGGUGAAGCCAAUGGUUCACAGACUCGUGCAGCAUCUGUUUCCAGAGCCACUUCACCAACAUCUACAUCAGCUAGUAUUGCGACUGCUCCAUCUACGCCAACUGCACAAAAAGCAGCAUUAGGUACACCAGGUGCAGCUCAGGAAUCUGCAACAUCUUCAGCCAUGACAAAUCUCUUAAAAACAGCAAGUGAAUCCGUGUCAAACCUUUCAGAAGCUGGCUCUGUUAAGAAGGGAGAACGCGAAUUGAAGAUCGGAGACAGAGUCCUGGUUGGUGGUACAAAAGCAGGAGUAGUGCGCUUCCUGGGCGAGACUGACUUUGCUAAAGGGGAAUGGUGUGGAGUGGAACUGGAUGAACCCCUUGGGAAGAAUGAUGGAGCUGUGGCUGGAACCAGAUAUUUUCAAUGCCAGACAAAGUAUGGUCUGUUUGCACCAGUUCACAAGGUUACCAAAAUUGGAUUUCCCUCGACGACACCAGCUAAAGCCAAGACAGCCGUACGAAAAAUGGUAGCAACCCCAUCAAAUCUCAAGCGCAGUCCUAGUGCAUCAUCCAUCAGCUCUUUGAGUUCCAUAGCAUCUUCUAUCAGUGGUAGACCUAGUCGUUCAGGAUUGCUAACAGAAACAUCCUCACGUUAUGCAAGAAAAAUUUCAGGCACCACUGCAUUACAGGAAGCUUUAAAGGAAAAGCAGCAGCACAUUGAGCAGCUUCUGGCUGAACGAGACCUGGAAAGAGCAGAGGCUGCUAAAGCAACUAGCCACGUGGGAGAAAUUGAACAGGAGCUUACAUUACUUCGGACAGGUCAUGAACAGCAUGUGUUGGAGAUGGAGACGAAGAUGGACCAGUUACGAGCACUGGUUGAGGCUGCGGAUAGAGAGAAGGUGGAGCUGCUGAACCAGUUAGAAGAAGAAAAAAGGAAAGUGGAAGACCUUCAGUUCCGUGUUGAAGAAGAGUCCAUUACCAAAGGUGAUUUAGAGACGCAGACCAAACUGGAGCAUGCCCGCAUUAAGGAGCUUGAACAGAGCCUGCUCUUUGAAAAGACCAAAGCUGAAAAACUCCAGAGGGAGUUAGAAGACACUAGGGUGGCCACAGUAUCUGAGAAGUCUCGGAUUAUGGAGCUAGAAAGGGAUCUUCUGUCACGCACGAAGGAGGCCUCAGAGCUUCGACAUAGACUCAUGAGCACUGAAGGUUCAGGUAGUGUGGAUAAUACCUCACCUCCCUUGGAAGAAAUCAACUGUAUGCGAGAUAAGCUUACAACAAUGAGCAAAGAACACCAAAUAGAACUUAAUACACUCAAAGAAAAACUUGAAACCUCAGAAGCAGCCCACCAAAAGGUAGUUCAACAACUGCAAGCUACCAGUGAAAAAAUAUCCAAGGAGAAUGAGACUCUCAAGUCCAAAUUGGAUCAAGCCAAUAUUGAAAAUUCAGAGGUUAUUAACCUGUGGAAAUGUAAGUUGGAGUCUGCAAUUGAAUCUCAUCAGCAAGCCAUGGAAGAACUCAAAUUUUCUUUCAAUAAAGGAGCUGGUGCCCAAACUACAGAACUUCUAGAAUUGAAGAGUACCUUAGAAAAGCUUAAAGCUGAGCAUCAAAUGGAACUUGAGAAUAUUAAAAUUAAGCAAGAUUUUGAAAAGUCCAACUACCUAAAAGAGACUGAAAAGCUAGAAUCCCAGUUAUUAGCAUUCACUACAGAGAAGGAGAAAGAUAUAGAAAUUCUGAAGUCUCAGCUGGAAUCUGCUACAAAUCAACACCUGGUAGAGAUGGAAGAGACCUUGGCAAAGCUACAGGAGACUCAACUGAAGGUAAACGAACUGCAAGUGUUGCAGGCUAAGUGCAAUGAACAGGCACAAAUUGUAGAAGCCCUAACAGCUAAGGUGACAACAGCUGAAGAGAAGGUGAUGGGAUAUGAAUUGCUGCAAGAAGCUGAGUCACAAGGUAAAGAGGAACUCAAAAGACUUGAAGAGAAGCUUAUGGUAGUUGAGUCACAAAUGAAAACCAGUGAAGCUUUAAAACUUUCUGAAGGUAGCAAGGUUACUGAUUUGACCAAACAGCUUAAGGAACGAGAUCAGUCAGUUACUAAUCUGGAACAAAACUUGGCUGUAAUGAGCCAGGAUAAGCAAAUUUUGGAACAGCAGCUGCAGUCCAUGAAAGAAAAACUUGACAACACAUCGGAGACGCAGCAGAAACUACAGCAGACUAUACAAGAUACACUUGCUGAACUGAAUAUGAAAGAGGAGCGGAACACUUCACUUUCAUCUGAAUUAGUGGAGCUAAAAUCUCAACUUUCUGCCGUGGAAAGAAAAAUAAAAGUUGAAGAGGAAAAGGCUGAACAACUAGCUCAGGAUAAAUCCAAACUUGAGAACACCAUCUCUGAGAUGAUGAAAUCUUCAGGGGAUAACUCUGCUCAGCUCACAAAGAUGAAUGAAGAGCUGAAAGAAAAAGAAAGGAAGCAGGAUGAACUUCAAGCUCUGUAUCAUCAAUCCAAUGAAAAGAUUGCCCGUUUACAGGAAAAUUUGGAGCAACUCACAUGUAAAACAGAACAGACUCAGCAGGAGGAGCUACAGAAACAUCAGCUUGAGCUUAAAGCAAUGCUGGAGAAAAUGACAGACCUGAAAAAGCAGGUGGAGAUGUACAGUGCACACAACAAAGAGCUGCAAACCACUCAUGAGAAAGCCCUUUCAGAAAUAAAUACCAACAAUGAUGCACUAGUGAAAGGGCUGAAGCAGGACCUAGAGGAAACCAAACAAGCACUGAAGAGCACUGGGGAGAAGAAUGAUGAAAGGGAAAAACUGGUAGAAGAAUUAAAGCAGCAAGUAGAAGAGGUCCAGUCUUUAACCAAUGAGCUAGCAGCAGCCAAAACUCAGUGUGUGCAAAUAACAGAGGAUAUGAGAGCUUUGAAGGGGGAUAAAGAAAAGAUGAUCCAGCAAGCAGAUGCACUAAAAUCUGAGAAAGAGUCCAUAUUCUCUGAACUUUCAGAGCUGAAGUUACAGUGUAUUUCCCUGCAGAAAGAGCAGCAAGUGUUAGAAUCAAAGAAUGAGGAUCUCCAGUUGGAAAAAACAGCAUUUUUAAAAGAAAGGCAGGAUUUUGAGUGUAAACAGCAACAACUUGGUCUGGAAAAGGAAGCUAUAAAGACUGAAAAAGACCAGUUUCUCAUGGAAAUCAAACAUUUGCAGCAGCUACUUGAUAAGUUAACAAAAGAAAAUGAAGACCUCCAAGUCUCACAAUCCAACCUGAGUAAAUUACUGGCAGAAGUUCAGAUAAGCAACAAAGUAACAGAAUGUGAACGAACACAAUUGCUUCAAGAAAAGGAAGAGUUGUUAUCGGCCCACAGGAAAGUGAUUACAGAAAAAGAAGAGCUUGCAAAAGAAAAAGACAAGAUUACAGAAGGUUUUCACAAGUCAUGUGCAGAGACAGCCAUUGCUCUUGAGAAGCUGACAAAAGAAAGAGAUGGUCUGAUGGUGGAAAAAAACUCGCUUUUACUGAAAUACUCGAAGCUUGAAGCUCAGUGUGAAUUUUUAGCUAAGGAGAAAAAUCUGCUGCAAUCAGCAAGUGAUGAAUUUGCAUCUGAAAAAGAAACUCUUCAAAAAGAGAAGAUAGAUCUUAGUUUAAGUUUGCAGAAGACUAUCCUUGAAAAACAAACCUGCAUUAAAGAAAGGGAUCAACUACAGAAUAAUGAAGAUCUUUUGAAAGAAGAACUAGAAAAAUAUGUGAAGGAAAAUGCGGAACUUAAGGUCUCAACAUCCAGCCAGUCAAAACUCUUGGAUGAAAUUAGGAAUAGCAGUGAGGUAACAGACUCUGAACGUCUCCAGCUGCUCCAAGAGAAAGAAGUGCUAACUACAUCGCAGAGAAAACUUACUGUAGAAAGGGAUGAGCUUGCUAAGGAAAAAAUGGAGUUGAUUGUAAAGCUGCAGAAAUCAAUUGAGGAGGCAGCCAUUAUCGAGAAGAAGCUGAGCGAAGAGAAGGAUGCCCUGAAAACAGAAAAAGAUUUACUUUGGCUGAGGCAGUCACAGCUUGAAACUCAUUGUGAAUCCUUACAAAAGGAGAAGGAGACCUUGGAAUCAAAAAGCAAUGUGCAAUUGUCAGAAAAUGAAUCUCUCUUGGGCAAGAUAGCCAAAAUCAAAUCGGAGCAACAGCAGGUAGUCUCUGAAAAUACAGCCAGAGCUGCAGAACGGGAUCAGCUCCUCAGCAACAUUGAGUUUUUAAAGAAAGAGCUUGACAAAAUGACCAAAGAAAAUGGAGAGCUCCAGGUCUCAAAAUCAAAUUUGUCUACACUUUUGGAUGAGAUUCAGAACUGCAAAAACGUUGAGGAUUCGGAGAGAUUCUGUUUGUUGCAGGAAAAGCAGAGACUGGCAGCUGAACUUAAGGAACAGUGCUCUGAAACAGAAAACCUUAUUGCACAGAGGGAGGAAUUAGAAAAAAAAUAUAAUAAAUUAAAUGAACACAUGAGAGCAUUUGAGAACCAACUAAUACAAGACAGGAAUGCAGAAAAACUGGAAAAAGAGUGUCUCAUUAUGGCUCAUUUAAAACUUGAAAAUAAUUUCCAGCUAUUACAGAAAGAAAUGGAUGUUCUUAAAGCUAAAAAUGAUGAACUAUUUUCAGAAAAAGAUGUGCUAGUUACAGAAAAAGAGGUUAUAGAUGCUGAAAAAAAGAAGUCUGCUAGUGAGAAAGAAGACCUAACAGUUGAGAAAAAUUGGCUGGUGUCCAAUGUUGAACAGCUGAAGAAGGAGCUUGAUAUAUUAAUGAAAGAAAAAGUAGAGAUUGAGGUUUCACAAUCAAAUCUUUUGCGACACUUGGAUGAACUUCGCAGUAGCCAGGAGGUAUGUGACUUGGAUUGGUUAAAGCUACGGGAAGAAAAGGAUAAUUUACUAGCAACAGUACAAAAGCUACACAUAGAAAAAGAAGAGCUUGUUCGAGUGAAGGACAAGCUAGCUGAAUCCCUCUGCAGGGUACGUGAAGACGCUGCUCAAGACAAUGGAGAAGCUGAAGCGAAACUCCAACAGCUGCUAUGUGAAAAGGAGGUAUUGCUGAAACAUGAAGAGGAUCUUGCUUCCAAAAUAAAAGAUCUUCAGGUUCAUCAGAAUAUUACUUUAUCAGAGAAAAUUGAGGCUUCAAAAAAAGUUGAAGAGGCUGGACUGUUAUUAGAGCAGGUUAUGAAGGAGAAGAACAUACUAGACCAACAGAAGACUGAAACUUUGAUACAAUUGGAAGAAUCAAGGCUGAAAAACCAGAAGCUUCAAAAUGAGCUGGAAGCUCUUACGGAACAAAACAGUAAAUGCCAAGAAGAUUUGAACCACUCAAAACAGCAGCUCAGCUCUGAGAAUAAGAGAAUAGGAAGUCUUUGCAAAGAAAUAGAGGAGCUGAAGCUGGCAGCAGCCCAGAAGUCCCAGCAGCUGGCAGCACUACAUGAGGAAAACGGCAAACUUGCAAGCGAGCUGGGCAGAAGCAAGGACGAAGUCACCAGUCAUCAGAAGCUCGAAGAAGAGCGAUCUGCACUCAAUAAUCAGCUACUAGAAAUGAAAAAGAGAGAAUCUUUAUUAAAGAAAGAGUUUGAUGAAGACAAAAAAUCCUUACAGAAAUCCAUCACUACUACUAGUGCCUUGAUCACAGAUAGAGACAAAGAACUAGAGAAGCUCAGGAACGAGAUCGCAGAGUUACGAAAUGAAAGUGCCAUGGCAAAAAAGUUGCAUUCGGUAGUCCAGUCGUUGGAAUCCGACAAAUCAAAACUUGAACAAAAGGUGCAGAAUUUGGAGAAGAAAAUCAACGAUAACAAGAGGCAGCUUGACAAUGUCACAUCCUCUUCAGGUGAACCAGUCAUUGAAAAACAAAGAGAAGGAAAUGAUUCAGCCGAGAGCCAGCAAAUGAUUGAUUUCCUGAACUCUGUAAUAGUGGAUUUACAAAGGAAGAAUGAAGAACUGAAGGCAAAGCUAGCACAGAUGGCUGAAGCAUCCCUUAAUGGCAAUGAUGCUACUGAUAUAAAUAAUUUUGGCAGCUUGGAUGAGACACAAACGAAGAAAAAACUACCACCUCGUCUCUUCUGUGAUAUCUGUGACUGCUUUGACCUCCAUGAUACAGAGGAUUGUCCCACGCAAGCACAGAUGUCUGAAUUUCCUCCACAUACUACUUACCAUGGCAAUAGAAAUGAUGAGCGCCCCUAUUGUGACACCUGUGAGGUUUUUGGGCACUGGACGAACAGCUGCAAUGAUGAUGAAACCUUCUAAUGCAAUACUGGAAUGCAGACAUGAUCUGCAUUGUUUGUUUGAAUUUGCAAUUUUUUUUUUGCUUUCCUUUUCUGCUUAACCAUUUUUUCUCCUGUCCUAUCAUUACUCUGUCCUUUCAUUACUCUGUCCUUUCAUUACUCUGUACUGCACAUUCGUUUAACUGCAUUUGUUACGGUUUCAAUAUCAACUAACUUGAAAAAUAACUUAUACAGAACAAAUAUUACGUUUGGAUUUAAGAUUCAAUGUAUAAAAAAUCUUGUAGCAUUUAAAACUAUCUGCUUCUGAAUGUCAGACUUUAGUCUGUGUAUAAAGAGAGUGUGGACAUUAUAUUGUUUUUCAUACUGUAUGUAAAAUAUGUGGGAAAUUAGGCUUAUAAACGUGUAUAUACCUUGAUUUAUUUUGCCCAAAAGUAAUUUACUCAGAAAUCAGCAUAAGGAUAUGUUGAAUAUUUUUCCUCUGUUUCUAAGUUUGGGUUUUGAAAUGAAUGUAUAGUAUUACAGUUGUUGCAGGGGAUGGCAUAUGUAAAGACAGUAUUAACCCAAACACUGUGUACUGUGUCAACUUUAAUAAAUUAUUACCUAUGA